AUGCGCGAGGCCCUGGCCACCGCUGGCCAGGCCCCGCACACAGCGGUGGUCGGCUGUUCCGAUUCGCGCGUGCCGCUUGAAACCGUCUUCGAUGCGCUGCCUGGCGACCUCUUUGUGCUGCGCAAUGCUGGAAACACCUGCACACACGCGGAGGGGAGUGUGCUCGGCAGUUUAGAGUUCUGCACCGGAGCACUGAACACCCGAUUGAUCUUCGUGCUGGGCCACACGAACUGCGGUGCAAUCAAGGGAGCCACAAAGGUCUUCUUCGAGUCAAAAAAAUCCCGUGGUGCGAAGGAUGGCCAUGCUUUGGAGUCGCUACUCCAGGGCCUCAGCUCCGUGGCUGAGAGUGCUGCUGCCGAGCUGGGACGCAAGGCCACAGAAGAAGACAUUGCCAACCACGCGGUGAAGCUGAACGUCUUCCGCACCAUGAACUUCAUGAUUCAGCACAGCGAGCCCAUUCGCCAGAAGGUAAAGAGUGGCGAUUUGGAGAUCCAUGGUGGCAUCUACGACUUGGGCAGUGGCCGUGUGCAGUUUCUGGGCCAAACUGCAGAGCACACCAAGAUGAUCUCCCCGAAGCAGAGGCUCCUGGGCGCCUAA